AUGGAUGACUUUGAAGCACCAAAGGAGCUAAAGAAAUCCGGUAUGUACACCGAUGGUUCAACCUCUAUACCACUGUCAAUUCGCCUUUUGCAGGGUAUUAGAAACGAAAUUUUUGUUUGGCGUGGAGUGGUAAUUGGCACGCGCAUGGUCCAGCGGCAGGACAAUCCGGUGACUUCUCAUCUUCGACACCGUCUUCAGGGAAGAGACGAAGGGGUAGACCUCCCGGUUGUGGAAAUAAAUAACAGCUUGAUGCUUCAUGUAGUUGGAAUUUGAAACUAAUAUUUAUGCACACCACCUGCUCGAUAAAAUGCCUGAACCGAAUCUUAUUAUUUUUUCCUUUUUAAAAGCCCAUAAAAAUUUCCACGCCUGCUUCUUAGUUGCUGCAUAUCUCUCAAAUCGACCAGCUAAAUCCCCCACCGACACCGACUUCCAAAAUUGCAGCUUUAGCACCCUACAAAUUUGGCUACUCCAUUCAACACAACGGUUGUGUCGAGGUUUUUUUUUACUCCAGAACUACGAAUCGCUAGACUUUCAGCAAUUGAUUCGACACAACAAUGGUAUCAAGGGAUAGAAAAGGACAAGCAGGAUGGAGAUAUUAUAAAUAUUGAUGUCACCGUUUACUUAGAUAAAUGUUGAUGAAGCCACAAAACGACUUCUAGAGGUCACUGAACAAUGCUUGGAGAGAGUUGCCUUCCACUAUUACAACAGAUUUCGCCACAUGGGCAACAACGGAUAUUGUUCGAUGCCUAAUCUUCAACUAAGAAUCAGGACUUAUGGAAUCUAAGAAAGCCGACAAUUGAACUUAUUAACAUACUGGAACACACACUAAUCAACAAAUUGAUUUUGUUUUUUUUUUUUUUUUUUUUGCUGUGGUGACUUUGCUUUUAUCAGAUACGUGUGUUGUCAUAUUAUCAAAUGUUUUUUGAGCUAGCCAAUGUUAUACUUAGACAACACUUAAUGAGGAAAAAACCAUGAAGUAUUUGAUCCGUGGAAUCCGGCUCUUCGGUUCGAUCCCAUCAACCAAAGGAUAAACCCAUGAAGUAUAUAUUUCGAUAAAUAGCUUAUCCGACAACAAAAAAAUUAUCCAUGACGAAACAAUAUUACUGCCCCAUAACAAUACUCAAACUAUAAACAAAUAGUUGAUCAAACAACAUUUACAAAAAGAACAAACAACAGAAAUCCGACCCCGCAACGCGGGGACUCCCCACGUAGUUUUAACUAUGAUGGAGUGAGUCUUACCGAUUCCUUUGUCUGUUUUAGGUCGCCAGCUUCACAUUCUGUUUACAUUCUUGUGACUUUUUUUCUUGAGCAUUUAUAUUUUUUUACCUUGACCUUGAUAUAACAUAUGAUAAAAAGAUUGAAUUUUAUACAGUUUUUGGACAGGCUUUGACCAAGUAUUUGAUAUGUUUUAUCCAUUAAGUGUUGUCUUUUUCCAUUGUCUCAGUUUUCCGAUUUCAAGUUUUGAUUUCCAAUUUCAAUUUUGGCGGGGAGAGAGAAUUAAGCGAACAACGUAAACAGAAUGUGAAGCACAGAUGGAGAUCAUUAGUAUUUUGAAGAACAAAGAUGGUACAGAGGAGGUAAGCAUUUGAUCCAUUCGGUAGACGCACAAAGAGCCAUAUUGGUCGAUCGCCUUUUAAUGAGAAAAAAAUAACCCCUUAUUAUAGAUCUUUUACUGAAAUCAACAGAAGAUGACCUAAAAACAUGGCCAUACAGGUUACGGGAAGAAAUUAUUGGAAGUGUCAAAAGAUGGGGAAAAUGGGAGAGAAAUUGAAUGUGGACUUCAUCAUAUCAACUGGUGACGACUUUUACGACGAUGGAUUAACAUAGAAUAAAGAUCCUUUUGUUUGUUGAAUCAGUUAGUGAAAUAUAUACAACAAAGAGCUUACAAAAACAAUGCUACUCAGGAGCCUGCUAAGCAGAGGACCAAUGCAUGCAAUUUAGACAGACCACAUAUGUUUGCUCAAAUUAAGAAGUUCAUGAAAGUUUCAAAUGAGUGGCCCCCUCCUGAAAUGAAGCCGUAUACAACAUGUGUAUUUAUUUGAAUUAACUUAGUUUAUUGUUAUGUAGUAAUGUUAUAUAGUGAAGACGAAUAUUUGAUUUCUUUUUCUAUUAAAAAUCUUGAUAAAUAAACUGGUAUGCAAUCUAUUUAUUGUUUGUUUUUGAC